GAAAAGGGGGCGGGGGACUCGGCUUGUUGUGUUGCUGCCCGAGAACCCGAGACGGUGCUGUUCAAUCCGCUGCACUUCUCGACCGUUGGACGAUGUCGUCUCAUUUAGUGGAACAGCCGCCGCCCCUGCACAACAAUAACAACAACUGUGAGGAAGGCGAACAGCCUUUGCCCCCGCCAGGCGGCCUCAACAGUUCCUGGGUGGAGCUACCCAUGAACAGCAGCAAUGGGAAUGAUAAUGGCAAUGGGAAAAACGGGGGGCUAGAACACGUACCUUCCUCUUCCUCGAUUCACAAUGGAGACAUGGAGAAGAUUCUUUUGGAUGCACAACAUGAAUCGGGACAGAGUAGUUCAAGGGGCAGUUCUCACUGUGACAGCCCUUCCCCACAAGAAGAUGGACAGAUUAUGUUUGAUGUGGAAAUGCAUACCAGCAGGGACCAUAGCUCUCAGUCUGAAGAGGAAGUUUUAGAAGGAGAGAAAGACGUUGAUGCUUUGAAGAAAAGUGUAGACUGGGUGUCUGACUGGUCCAGUAGACCUGAAAACAUUCCACCCAAGGAGUUCCACUUCAGGCACCCCAAACGUUCUGCUUCCUUAAGCAUGAGGAAAAGUGGAGCCAUGAAGAAAGGGGGUAUUUUCUCUGCAGAAUUUCUUAAGGUGUUCAUUCCAUCUCUCUUCCUUUCUCAUGUUUUGGCUUUGGGGCUAGGCAUCUACAUUGGAAAACGACUGAGCUCACCUUCUGCCAGCACCUACUGAGGGAAAGAAAAGCCCCUGGAAAAGCGUGUGGCCUGUGAAGUGGUGUACUGUCCCAGUAGUUUAUUUGAAUUUGAGACCAUAAGCAUGACCCAAACUACUACCCUAUUUUUACAUAUCCAAGUUCCAGUAACUCUCAAAUCCAGUAUUUUAUCCAAACUCUGUUGAGACAUUUUACUAACCUCAUUCCCUUUUUCCCCUGUAAGAAACUCUAGAAUUUCCUAACACAGUUUACUGUUUAGAAAAUUUUCAAGGGCUUCUUUUCUGUAAAUGCCACCAGCAGAUUAUUAUUUUGUCAGCAGUGCUUCUGUCUCCUUUUAGUAAACCAGCCUCAUACCUGCUUCAUUCCUGGCAUAAAUUUGACUCUUGCUCGAGAACUACCAUCUUUCUCUUAAACCAAAAUCAGGUUAGCAAAUAAUAUAUGAGCUUUGUUGUUUUAAUUUGUUUUUCAAGAUAAAGGCAAGCUUCUGUAAGCUUGAAUUUAUAGUUAUUAAAACAAGAAACCAACAUACAAAAAAAUUUUAAAAAAAAGAAAAAGAAAAAUAUAUAUCCUGGGCAAUAAAAAAUUAUUUUAAACCAGCUUUGGAGCCACUCUUUCUCUGUGCCUCCUGUUGGCGCCUUUCAGUUUGUAUUAAUAGGGAGGCUGUAUAAAUGAUAGAUGUGAACUAGAUUAAGAAUUAAAACACAGCAGGUUUUAAUACUCAUAUGGUUAUAAUGUUGUCUUUUAUAUGGUGUUUAAAAAUCUUUAUUUCUGAAAAGGAAAGUCUCAGGCCUAGAAAUACAUGACAUUUCAUUUGAGAUGUGUGUGUGUGUGUGUGUGUGUGUGUGUGUGUGUGUGUGUGUGUGUGUGUGUGUAUGGAAAUUUUAUGUUUAUUAGCUGCAUGUGAAGUUUCCAUAACUUUAAAGUUUUCUUCUUUCUUUCUUUCGUAAGAAGAGGCUUUGGAAUAAAUUCCGUAACACAUGUGAUCUUCUGCUGUUAGGAAACACCACACAUAUCCUGGAGCUUUUAGUCUGAAAAUAAUUGUUUCAGAGUUAUUCCAAGCACUUGAGCAACACUGAAAAAUCCAACUCGGGUUGUGGGAACAGUAGACAAAGUUCUGACAAGAUGCCAUUUGUUUCCUUCUGAUCUCUCACUUCAUGUUUACAAUGCUAUCACUGAGGUCACUGCUAUAAUUCUGUAGGUCCUGCCAUUUUCUCACGUGGCAUCUUUCCAUUUCCAAAGUUCCAGAACAGUACAGUUUUCUUUGGUGAUACAAUUUUUUAUUUGUUCCUAAAAUGUGAAACUUUUUAGGACCAAAUUGUUAGAAAUGCAUCAGGAUUACCAGUUACUUCAAGUUGAUUUCAUUGGCUGUCAGGACACAAAGCAUGAUUCUGAAGGACACUGUUAAGUGUUUUAUAUAUAAGGUGAAUACUGCUUAUGAUAUAGGCGCUAUUCCUGAAUACAGCCAAUCCUUGUUCAUUUUAAAUCUAGCAGUCUCUUCAUUAAGAGGAUCAGGUAGACUAGAAACACUUAUGACAAUCAGGUUUGUCACAUCUGGAAAAUUGAUGUGUCAUGCGGAAACAAAAAUUAACCUCUGACUUUCUUUGUUCAAAACAGAGCUGGAAAUCUUUAAGAAAAGAUGGUAGAUCCAGAAUAGUUUUUUAGAUUAUUACUUUUUUUUUUUUUUUAAGAUUUUGAGGUGUAAAUAAUUUUGAGUAUCAUUUUCCUAAUACCUUGUGUCAAUCUUAUUCCUAAGCCCAGUAAAACUUGAUUUGCCUUCAAUAGCCUAUUUACUUCAAGUUACUUCAAGUUGAGUUUCUUUGGGAGGAAAGUAAGUCUGAUAACUUUCUGAUUUUUUAAAGUCUGAUAAGAUAAAAAUAAAGGUUUGGUGAAGGGCACUAAAUAGUAUAACUGCUACAAUAUAUAAUUUGUAUUAUAGUUGGUAUCUUGGCAGGGGAAAACAAAAAUUAUACUUAAAAGCACCUUUUUACAGGCAACAAUGCUAACCUUUUGACAUACAAUAGCAAUUCUAUUAGUGUGAUUGAACUUGGGUAUGUUUAUAAUUUUUUCAACAUUGAAAACAAAUUUAGUUCUGCCUUUUUUUUUUUCCCUUAAACUAUCUGUGAAAAUUUUGGUCUAUUCCUUAAAAUAUGAAUACAUGAUCACAGUGAGUAGAACUUACCAUAAGAUGAAAUCAUGUAGUAUUUAUUUAUCUAUCGACAGCCCAAACAUAUGGAAUAAAAGUUUGUGCUACUACCCAGAUUUGUGUUGAACAGAAACAGAUUAUGUAAUUGGAAAGGCUCAUUAGCAGGUGACAUUUUAAGGUUGAUGUUGAAAAAAAGCUUUUUACCUGUUUACAAAUUGGGGGUGAAAAGGCAGGCUUCAUUUUUCUUAUGUUUGAUCAAAACUGGCUUAAAGUAUUUGUAAAUAGAAUCAAGAGCAAAACUGCAGAAACUUGCACAUUGAAAAAUGCAACAAGUUACUUUGCAAUAGAAGAAAAGUGUACUAUUCUAAAUAAUGAAGUUGAAAACAGCCUGUCAGAUGAAUUUUUAAGUGAACCAGAUGUUGAAAUUAUUGAAAAUUAACUGAGCCAAAGUGAUUCUGCAUUACUCAUCUACUUAGCUAGCACUUUGUAUCAUUACAGUUUACAAUACAUGUAUAACUUGUAGCUAUAAGCAUUUUGUGCCAUUAAAGCUCUCACAAAACUUUC